AUUCCCAAGGUUCAGGCUAUGCUUGAGGAGUUUUUCGGAAAGAAGGCUCGCAAGGACGUCAACCCCGACGAGGCUGUCGCUUUCGGCGCUGCCGUUCAGGGUGGUGUUCUCGCUGGUGACAAGGCCACUGAGGAGAUCAUCCUCAUGGACGUCAACCCGCUUACUCUCGGUAUUGAGACCACUGGUGGCGUCAUGACCACUCUCAUCAAGCGUGGUACCAGCAUUCCUACCAAGAAGAGCCAGAUCUUCUCCACCGCGGCCGACAACCAGCCCGUAGUCCUUAUCCAGGUAUUCGAAGGCGAACGCGCUAUGACAAAGGACAAGCAACAAUCUCGGAAAGUUCGAGCUGACUAACAUUCCUCCCGCGCCCCGUGGUGUCCCCCAGAUUGAGGUCACUUUCGAGCUCGAUGCCAACGGUAUCCUUAAGGUUUCCGCCGUCGACAAGGGUACCGGCAAGGCUGAGAGCAUCACCAUCACCAACGACAAGGGCCGCCUUACCACCGAAGACAUCGAGCGCAUGGUUGAGGAGGCUGAGAAGUACGCUGAGGAGGACAAGGCCAACCGUGAGCGCAUUGAGUCCCGCAACAAGCUCGAGAACUACGCCUACAGCCUCAAGAACCAGGUCAACGAUGAGGAGGGUCUUGGUGGCAAGAUCGAGGAUGAGGACAAGGAGACCAUCAAGGACGCCGUCAAGGAGACUCAGGACUGGCUCGAGGAGAACGCCGCCACUGCCGCCUCUGAGGACUUUGACGAGCAGUUCCAGAAGCUCUCCGACGUCGCCUACCCCAUCACCUCCAAGCUUUACGGCGGAGCUGGUGGCGCCGGCGAGGAGGAGCCUGACCACGACGAGUUGUAAAUGCUCGUCUCGUCUGAGAAGUAAAAGUGCAUCUCUUUCCCCUUGCAUUAACGGAGCUAGCUAUAUCUUGGGUCGCCUUGGUCCGACCAAUGUACAAGUACCAUUCGUAGUAAAAUGGGCUGGCUUAGAUAUCUACGGGACAUGCGGAGUUUUCCAGCUUUUGGCAGUUUUUUCGAACAGCAAAUGAUCAUAAGAUGAAAUCUCA